AUGAGAAAUCAGUGGCGUCUCCUCCUUCAACGAUGCAAACCAGUUUCCGAGCUCCAGUUCAAGGUACAAUCAUCAACUACCAUUCCUCUUUCUCGCAAUCGUACUUUCCAUUCACUCAUCCCUCACUCGCGUACACUCCCCAUUCAUUUCCAAAACCCUAGUUUCCCUCGAUUAUUCACAUCGUCAUCUGAACUCGCUGUUGAACAAAAUAAAGUCACAGAUCAAUCCGUUAUUACAUCAACAUUGAUCGAACUAUAUUCAGAUCCAAUCAAAACCAAUGAAGAUGUUAUGCUCGAAUUGAAGUCCAAACCCGACCUCGCUAGUACUGAUUAUGUUAACGAGCUUUUUAAAAACCGCAGCUCGGAACCUGGAGCUGCUAAGGCGUUCUUUGAUUGGGUUAUGUCAAAGGAAAGUGACAAUUUGAGCUCGAAUUCAUGUAAUCGGUUGUUAGGUAUGUUGGGGGCAAAUGGUUUGGUGAAAGAGUUUUGGGAUUUAGUUGAUAUUAUGAAGAAGAAAGGGUAUGGAGUGAAGAAAGGAUCGUCUGUUAGAGCCAUGGCAAAGUUUGAAGAGGAAGGCAUGAAAGACGAAGUCCAGAAGCUGAAAGAUCUGUUCGCAUUGGGAUCUAUAGAUGCUUCAAUUGAGAAAGUUAGCUCUAGAGUUUGUAAAGUCAUUCAACAAACACCAUGGGGAGAUGAUGUUGAAACAAAAUUGCAGGACAUGGGUAUUGUGUAUUCUGGUGAUUUAGUUAAAAUGGUACUCGAAAACCUUGGAACAGAUCCUAAUAAAGCUAUUAUAUUCUUUAGGUGGAUUGAGGAAAGCGGCUUAUACAAACAUGAUGAAAAAACAUACAAUGCUAUUGCAAGAGAGUUAGCUAGAGAAGAUUGCAUAGACAAGUUCUGGAGAUUGAUUGAUGAAAUGAGAACUAAAGGGUUUGAUUUAGAAAAGGCUACAUACAUUAGGGUUUUGAAUCAAUUCGUAAGGAAGAAAAUGCUAAAUGAUGCUGUUGAUUUAUACGAAUUUGCAAUGAGUGGAAACAUUAAGCCCUCAGAUCAAGAUUGCCCCUUUCUUUUGAGAAAAAUAGUGACAAGUAAAGAGUUAGAUAUAGAUUUGUUCUCCAAAGUCUUAAAGAUUUAUAAAGAAAGUGGGAACACAAUGAAAAAUUCUUUCUUGGAUUCUGUUCUCAAGUCUUUAACAAGUGUUGGAAGAUACAUGGAAUGCAACAAGAUCUUGAAAUCCAUGGAGGAAGUUGGUUUUCUUCCAGAUGAAAACUCACAAGGUAAAAUCGCUUUUCAAUUAACUAAAAACAACAAAAUCGAAGAAGCAAGUGAGUUUCUUGAUUUAAUGGAGUCUCCAAGUUACAAAACAUUCGGAUCUUUAAUCCAAGGAUAUUGUCUUUCUGGACAUUUGGAAAAAGCUUGUGAUUGUUUUCAAAAAAUGAUUACAAAACAAGGCCCCGAUUUUUCCGGAUACCCAUUGGAGACAAUAACAAAUGCAUAUUGUGCAAAGGAGAAACCACUCGAAGGGUAUAAUCGUCUUUUGGAAGCGGUCAACGAGAAAGAAGUCAAACCAUGGCAUACUACAUAUAAGUUGUUAAUCACAAAGCUUUUGGAACAAGGGUUGUUUCAAGAAGCUAUUAAUCUUCUUGCCCCUAUGAAAAGACAUGGAUACCCUCCUUAUUUGGAUCCAUUUGUGAAGUAUGUUGCUAAAACAGGGACUAUUGAUGACACUUUGAUGUUCUUGAAAGCAAUGACUGUGAAAAAGGUACCUUCUUUUGCUGUUUAUUUGCGUGUUUUUAAAGCUUAUUUUAAGGCUGGAAGAGGUAAUGAAGCUCAAGAUUUUCUUGCGAAAUGCCCGAGAUUUAUUCGGAACCAUGUAGAGGUUUUGAAUCUGUUUAGUGAGUUGAAACGUGGAAAAGACGAUUCUGCCCCUACCCUAACCCUUACCCCUACCCCUGUGGCUGCUUAG